AUGUACAAUGACUCUAUAGUCCCAAAUUCUGAAGCAAGCGAUGAAGAGGUAGUGAUACCUUUAUGUUCCGAACUUGAUAGUGUAUCAGUUAAUAAUACGGGCGAUGAGAGUAAUUUUGAAGCACCGCUGGCGGUUCCAGCGUCAAAGGCAACAGUUCUAGAGCAACACGGAAUUGAGCAAUAUUCAAAUAGCAUACGACGGGCAUUGAGGAAACGUAAAGCAAUCCAGAAGAUGCCCUAUAGUUUAGAUCGGAUACGACAUCGACAAAUGUUGCAGGGCUAUGAUGUCUCAAAUUUUGAUUCGGUAGCAGAUAACAUAGAUUUGCUUAAGGAUGGUUACGAGUCGCCAAAAAAGCAGCAGCAAAAAGAUAUUAAUACCUCACAAAUUUCAAGUUCAGUACAGGACAUAGGAUAUCAAGAAGAGGGGAGUGUCUUUUCCAUCCGCCAGCGAAGACAUCAUCAUGUACAUCUUUUAGAUGAUGAUAUGGAUGACGAAGAAGACGAAACUACUAUGGCUCAGAGUUCUUUUAAUAUCAAUACUUCGGAAAGCGAUAAUGAGGAUGUAGAUGAUGAUCCAAGACUCUCACAAGAGAAUAAUGUCCUAUUUAGAGGCAGGCAGAUUAACCUUAAAACCGGUUACAAAGGUUUACUUCCUAAGAUAGCAUGGGAAAAGGCAUUGAAUAGUAACGGUGUCACAGCAAGAUAUAAGGAAAGAGCUGAAAGAAAACUCAGUAGAAAUCAAGCUCAGAUAAAUGAAAAAGGUCUAGCUAAGAGAAAGGUGAUUAGGAACAAGAAUGCUUCUCUGAAUGAAAAGGAUCUUCUCAAUGAAAUUGUCGAAUCGGAUAAUGAAGAGGAUAUGCCCUCAGCUGAGUCAUUCUUAAAGCUUAUGAAUGAAGAGCAGUCUAAAUUAGAAAGAUCAGACACAAUGAAGGAUUAUUUCUUGAAGAAAUAUGAACCAGAAAUGGAUACAAAUUCAGAAGACGAAGAUCAUGUAGAUUCUGAUGCAUUAGAUAUUCCGAAUGAAGGCCUGGAGCUACUUACUUUAGAGGAUACAGACAAAGUAGAUCUUGGUACAAUAAUAAUAGAUGAUUCUGAAGACAAGAUUGAUGUAGAGCGAAGCCGACAUGCAACAGGAGUGAUAGACUUUAUGCUUUCCAAGAAUACAAGACAUUCAACCGACAAAAUGGCAAGCAAUAAACCAAGAAUAAAGAACACUGGAAACAAAUCUAGUGUCCAUUCUAAACUCUUUGAGAAGAAAAGAACGAGGAACACCGCUAGAAGUCAUACACGAGGUCGAAUUUCUCUAAUGAGGAAGACAAAUAGCAGUACUGCUUCAUUGAAAUCAAAACCCAAUACAAAUAACAGCGCAAACAACACUUUCCAGAACUCUCACAGUAGCAACUAUGAUCUUCAGCUGGACGGUACCACAAGUAGGGAGCAAUCUUUCAAUGAACCUGUGAUUAUAAAGAAUGAUGACACCAAUGAGAAGAAUACACACAAAACAGUUACAGCUAAGAAAAAGAAGAAACCGAAGAACAGACUCUUUACUGUUGCCCCAACCUCUAAUGCAGAAUUAAAUAGAAAAGCAAUGACGUUUUCUACCGUGGUUGAAGAAGAAAGUGGCAAAUUCACUUUACGCAAACCACCAAUCAAGAAAAGGUCUUUCACGUUAGACGAUGAUAAACUGCUUUCUGAAGAUAACAGUACCUCUACAAUAAGUUCUUCUCUUUGGAAAGCAAUCGAAAGCUCAUCUGAAUUUCCUUCACCAGAUAUCAUAAGGCUGACUCUUAAUACCAAGGAGUAUGUGAUUUCGAAGUUUGGUUCCAACUCUGAUAAUACCGUACAAGAUCUUUUAGAGAGUUUGAUAAAAUAUGGCGGUUCAGAUGAAGAGGUUAAAGAUCUUGCCAAAAAUCUAAGUGAGUUCUUAUUUUCAUGGAAUUCAUCUACCAUAUACGAUAUCAUAGACAGAUUUCAUCAUGAAUUCAGAGCCAAGGUUAAUACAUUAAGGGAAAGGGCAAAACCAAUUCACUUUUUUCUAAUUGCUUCUUGUCAACUCUUCUUUCUUGAAAUUAGCCGGUAUGCAUCUUGUUCUCUCUUCGUCAAAAACCAAAUGUCAGAAAAGAUAACCGAUCAUAUUGUAUCAUUCUUCAAGUUAUAUUCCAAAUCUGGGACAAAGGAAUUAGAUCCUGAUGACCCAAUCAUGUCAGAGGCACUAGUUUUACUUUCACGUGUUGUAACACAACUAGACUGCAAAGAGAUUCUGUGGCAAAAAAUACGAAAGAAUAAGUUCUCCACCUUAGUGUCAACGGUUAUAGUCGAGACUUUCCCAACCUUGGUUCCAUCUUGGGAUAUUGUAAAAGUUAAACAAGAGUACGAAGAUGCAGUUGCAUGGAUUAAAUUCAUUGGAAUAUGCUCGAAUGAACCUUAUGAGUGGGAUAUAACCAAUGAAUUAGCUUUAGAUCUAUAUGAAUUUUUCAAAAUGAGGAAAUUCGAGGAUUUUCCGCAGGAAACGGUAUACCAAGUCUACCCUGUCGUUCCAUUUCCCGACGAUGAAAGCCGCGUAACAUUGUUCAACACUUUCAUAAAUAUACUCGAAUCUUGUACAUUCAAAACAUCCACUCUUGAAAAGUUGACGGCAAUGUCCAAAAUUCACAAUUUACAUUCUCCCUCCCUCCUUGCAAACCGUCUAAACCUACUUUUGACCCUAGCAUCCAAGAGCGAUUAUAGUUAUGAGCGCAGAUUCGAAGAGCUUUUGGAGCCAUACAUCAUGAAUAAUGACAUUACAAUCAAUAACACGAUGCUAAAGAUAAUGUUAGAAGGGGCUUUAUCUUUUUAUAAAAUAUCUUAUGAGAAAGGAUAUACAGUUAGAGGAAAAUUUGUCCCCUUAUUAUGGAAGAAAGUUAACAUAAAGUAUUCUAGUAUGCCAGAUAAGAUAUGGAGAAUAUUUUGGAAAGAGUUUCAAGAUAUAAUUCCUCAGAUGAAAAAGUCUAGAGUUUUUUUGUUAAAAUCCUUUCAACCAAUUCUUCAUCAGGCAUUAAAUUUGGAGAAAAAGCUGAAUCAAACGACAAAACUACUUAACAUAUAUGUUGAUAACUUAUCCGUCCUUGACCUUAAUUGGAUUCAGACACAUGUUCUGCAGAUUCUCGUAUCGAAGGCGAAAGGUAAUGUCGUUUACCUUCACUAUUAUUGCAAAAUUGCCAAAUUCCUAACGGUUCGUAAUAAUCUUACGUGGUGGUCCUUAUUCCACUACAAUGCAUUUGAAGAAAACCAAACAAUAUCAAUCAAUUACUACUCUUUUCUGGCAUUUGAAUGCGAUGAAAAUACUUUUUCUCAGAUGAAGCAUAUAUUGUAUCAGAAGAUUCUAGCUUAUCUGCUAAAGAAAUCUGAUCACGUAGUGGUAAAUCUGAUCAACACGAUGUCAAAGAGAGAUCCAAAAAUGAAAUUAAAAAUUCGACUAACGACAAUUAAUGAAAAUACAACUAUAUUGAAACAGCUUCUGAUAGCCUUGAAUACAAGUGGGUAUACCUUUUUAUUUGAUACUUUUCUGGAUGAUCUGAAGACAGUGUUCUUUUCAGACUCUUCGAAAUAUGCAUCACACAAAGAGAUAGUUUUAUUUUUGAAUUACAAUAUUAUUGAUGUAGUUCGUUUGAAUCCAGUGUUUAUCCACUUGAGAUCGAUAUUUGGUAUUGAUGACGAGGAAUCUGAAAAUUCUGCCUUGAGAGAGUAUUUGCGAACACUACCUUCUGAUAAAAGUAGACUACUCUAUUUGAUUGAAAGAAUUGCCUCGACGUUAGAAAAUAAGAUGAGCAUAAUGUCUUUGAUGUUAACAAUGAAAAAAGUUGUAAAAGACAAAUGUUUCGAUGAUGAAAUUGUAGCAUUCAGUUCUAUGAUGUAUAUCCUACCUUUGAAUACUACACAGUGCCAGCUUGCGCCAGUAUUCAUUUUAAGGGUUAUUUUCUUGAAAAUGCUCAACGAUAGAAUCGAACUAUAUCCUCUCAGACCUUCAGAAAAUCGCCCAGAACCCUUGAUGAAACUCGGUUAUUUUUUAUCAAAUGUCAUUUGCUAUUAUUCGAAACUCUUAGACAGACAGAAUUUAGAUAUACUCAAGCGAGAACAUUACAGAUUCUUUUAUAAUCUGUUGAGACUUUUGUUCGGAUUUUCCCAAUAUAGUACUUUAAAAUCUUUUCUGCAAAUGGAGUUGUCAUGUGCUUUACCCGAUUUCAAUACGAACCUUCUAGCUUCGGAAGGAUAUCCGGAUACUGCUUUCGAAAAACAGAUCAUAGAGAUAUUGUCGAAAUAUUCAUUCAGUAAUUUCGAUAUUAAAGAAGUGUUUCCUACUCAAGAACCGCUAUACCAAGAAGUGAAUUAUUUAACGAAAAUCGAAAGGGAAUUCAUUUGA